UGUAACGGACACUUUCCGUUUUUUAGAUAAUCAUAACAAACAUGGCGACUUACAGGCAGGUCGGCAGGUUGUUGGGUGUUUCAGCAAGGCUUUCUCGGCCUCUUGCAGUCAGUGGAUAUCAGUGCGCUGGAUUACACUGGCCUUCACACAACAAAGCAGUACCAAACAGAAUGCCACAAAACCCUCAUUGGGUUGUUCCUGGAAGGACCAUGUUUGUGCAGACACAGGACACACCAAAUCCGAACAGUUUAAAGUUCCUGCCCGGUUGUAUAGUUCUUGAAUCAGGGACAAUGAAUUUUGACGGCCCUCGUGAUGCGCACUGCUCACCUUUAGCCAGGCAGCUGUUCAGGAUUGAAGGAGUAAAGAGUGUCUUCCUGGGCCCUGACUUCAUCACUAUAACAAGGCCUGAUGAACACAUUGAAUGGAAGGUAAUCAAGCCUGAUGUAUUUGCAACAAUUAUGGACUUUUUCACAUCUGGACUUCCUGUGGUCAAUGAGGACAGCACACCUAGUCCAGAUACAGCACCUUCAGAUGAUGACGAUGAAGUAGUCGCCAUGAUCAAAGAACUGUUGGACACUCGAAUAAGGCCAACAGUGCAGGAGGAUGGAGGUGAUGUUGUGUAUCGGGGGUUUGAGGACGGCAUUGUUAAACUGAAGCUGCAGGGCUCCUGUACCAGUUGUCCCAGUUCCAUUGUUACUCUGAAGAGUGGAAUCCAAAACAUGCUGCAGUUUUACGUCCCUGAAGUUGAAUCAGUGGAGCAGGUGAAGGAUGAGGAUGAGGAGGCUGCUCGAGCUUGAAAAAGCACUGAAACUACAAUUACACAUUCCUCCCUCCCCCGGUCACGUCCUAUAAUGCAAGCCAUAGCUGCAAUAAAAUGAGCUGGUGUUUAGCAUAGCUGUCAUCAGUCAUCCAGAUGUUAUUGUCAGUGAGUAUUUUCUGAACAAUGGUUUAAAAAAGUGUGCCAGAAGGGCACACUUAUAGGAACGGAUGACUGUAGAGCUGAAAUAAAUUGUAUUUAUUAUUUCACAUUGUUACACCUUUUGAAUCACUAGUCAAAACACAUAUACUGUAUGUAUAAAAAUAAAGUUUGUUGAAAUAUAUUGUGGUGUGUAUGUGAAGUGAAUAAUUAAUGUGCUUGUCAGGUUUUUUUUUUUUUUUUUUUUUUUUUUUUACAAGUGUCCUCCAGAAAAAAAAAGUAAACAUUUACAGUUCCUUGAUAUCACAAUUAUACUUUUUUGUCAUUUUCUAUGUACUGUAGAAAUGCUUUUGAUAAAUGCAAUAAUAUGCACUAAUAUA